CACAAUAAAAAAACUGAGUUGGCAAAGCUCCUCGUGAAACUCCUCCUCCCUCAAGAAAGAAACAGCAAUUUCCUUCAUCAGUUCAUCUUACUAAUCUUUGAUCUUCUCCUUUAUCACAUAGUUGUUGCUGCUAAUUUUCGUAAGCUAUAUGCAGAAUUUGCACCGACUUCGAACAAUUAAGACCUCAAUUUAUAGGUCUGCGCGCAUGCCAGAGUUGAAGAAACGAGCUUCAAAUUCAUGGUGUGCAAUUCAAGAUACCUAUUACUCAACCAAAGAUACAUUUGAGAGGCACAAGGUGGUGUUUACUGUUGGUACUUCUAUUGCAUCAGUUGCUACUGCAUGGAUUGGAUACACUUUUCGUCAUCUUCAUGAUACAAGAGUUGAUAGAAGACUUGAUUCAAUUGAACACGCGAUGAAAAGCACCUACCAAUUUGAACGAGAGGAAAUUAAAAAGAUUGUAGGUUCAGGAAGUUAUAGCACUGCAGCUUGUGCUGCCACUGCUGGGACAACUCUAGUUAUUGGGUAUACAUUGGGAUGGAGAGGUGGAAAAUGGUAUGCAAAUAGGAAAUUCAAGAGGGAACAGAUGAAGUUACUAGGACAAGUCAAACCCAGAGGAUGGAGAUUGCUUGGAGAGUUUCAGGUGACAACCAAAGAUGGUUAUAUUCUCAGCUUACAGAGAAUUCCAUCAGGCUUGACAGGUGAUGCGACUCGAGACAGCAGGUCACCAGUCCUUUUGCAGCAUGGUGUUCUAAUGGAUGGAGUUACAUGGCUCCUUAACCCUCCAGACCAAUCCUUGGCAUUCAUUUUAGCAGACAGCGGUUUUGAUGUUUGGAUUGCCAACUCUCGUGGCACCACAUAUAGCCUCGGCCACAUCACAUUGAGCUCUAAUGACUCGGCAUAUUGGGAUUGGUCAUGGGAUGAGCUUAUGGCAUAUGAUCUUCUAGCAAUAGUCCAAUAUGUAUAUGAUCAAUCUGGUGAGCAGAAGCUGCAUUAUGUCGGGCAUUCACAGGGAACAUUAAUAGCCCUGACUGCGUUUUCCCAGAAGAAGUUGUUGAACAUGGUGAGAUCAGCCGGCUUGCUUUGUCCAAUAGCUUAUCUUAGUCGAAUGACUUCCCCACUAGCUAAGAGUGCUGCUGAAAACUUCGUCACUGAAAUUCUGUACUGGUCCGGACUGCAUGAAUUUGUACCCCGUGGAGAGGCUGUAAUGAAGCUUCUAAAGGAUAUAUGCAGGAAGCAGGGAAUUGACUGCACUGAUUUUUUGACAUCUUUUACUGGUGCAAAUUGUUGCCUGAGCACAUCAACGGUUUCUACGUUUCUGAAGCAUGAACCUCAGCCAACCGCCACCAAAAACAUGAUCCAUUUUUCACAAAUGGCGAGAGACGGAACAAUAGCAAGGUAUGAUUAUCUAGACGUGACUAUGAACAUGGAACGUUACGGGCAGGCUAAGCCACCAGUAUAUGACCUGACAGACAUCCCCAACAACCUCCCGCUGUUUAUUGCUCACGGAGGAAGGGAUGAGCUUGCUGAUGUUGACGAUGUUAAAUUCCUUCUGGAUAACCUUAAAAACCAUGACAAAGACAAGCUUUACCUUCAGUUUAUAGAAGAUUACGCGCAUGCUGAUUAUGUCCUGGCUAUGAAUGCUAAGAAAUUUGUUUAUGAUCCUCUCAUUGAUUUCCUGAGGAAACAAGAUGACUCUUAACUAGAGGAGGGGAUGACAUUUGGAUUGUAUUUGAUCAUUCUAUACAUUUUGUGGUCUGCUAUAGAUGCUUUGUAUAAGAAUGGCGGCAAAAAAAAAAGCUUUAUCACAGGACAUGAUAUUGGCAUAUUGCCAAUUAUUACUUCAUCAAUUUUUAAGGAUCCCAGAGUAAGAGGAAAAACAGCAGAAUACUAUAAACA